AUGAAAGAUAUUAUUAUUAUUAUUAUUAUUAUUAUUAUUAUUAUUAUUAUUAUUAUUAUUAUUACUACUACUACUACUACUACUACUACUACUACUACUACUACUACUAUUACUACUACUACUACUACUGCUACUACUACUGCUACUGCUACUACUACUGCUACUACUUCUACUACUACUACUACUACUACUACUACUACUACUACUACUACUACUGCUGCUACUACUAUUAGAAUAUAAAAAAGAACAUUGUACAUGCACUAUGGUAGUUUAAAACGAAAAAUGUCACAUGGCCUCUAAUUGUUGCUUUUUGUAUGUGAAACGUGCUUUAGCUGAAAAUGAAAGUUCUUUUUAUUCAUAUUAAUAUUUACUUUAUUUUUUGUAAUUUUAUUAUAAUCCAAUCAAUAUAGAAUAUAAUUUAAUAUAUGAAAUAGCUAUUGAAUAUAUAGAGACAUAUAUUGAUUAUUAAUUAAAAUUAGUGUUAAAAAAAUGCGAUCACAUGAGAGCAGCUAUUAUUACAUUUUAGUGUAUGAAAUGUUAUUAUGAGACUCAUAGAGUUCGUUAUUUUCUCCGAUAAUAAAUUUAAUAUUUUUUAUUUACCGUAUUAAGUUAUUCAAUGCAAUGUACAGGUUGUCUGCAAAAGUGUCGUGAGCAAAUAUAUCAGGUACAAAAAUAAAAAAGGUACAAAACAUAGAAUACUUACAAUACAUGUGCGCGUAAAGUUCGUAAAAGUCUAUAUAUGCAAAAUCGUACACACUUCUCAGCCUACGACAAGAAAUCGUAUUGAAUUAUGAUUGUCCUUCCGAGUUAACUUUUAAAAUUUUGAUGAUUACCAUCUUUAGCAAAAAAAUUUUAUUUUACUUAAUGAACAAAUUCAUUGAUCUUCAGUUUAUAUUUGUCAGGGUCUUUUUUGCCGAUUAUCCUGUACAAAUGACUUGGACGUCACGUAAUUUUUACGAACUUUAUAUAUAUAAAUAUGUACGUAAAUAUAUAGGCGCCUACAAAAAAGAAUGUAUUGUAAAUGAAAGAAAAUAAUAAUUUAUUAUGAAGAUACUAUGAAGUAUAUAAAAGACUAUGCGGAGACGUGUAAUAUAUUUAAACGUGAUUAAUCAUAAACUUAUAUUAAAUUACAUAUUUGUCAGGAUAAGCAUCCGACGUCCAAGUCAAAAUAUAGUCGUAUAUAAUUACGUUUCAACGUAUUUUUCUAAUCGUAGCAUCUUCUGUAUAGUUUCAAAGUGUAUCCAAAUGAUAUCUAUCAGGAUUUGAAUUUCUAGUUGGCUGAAACACAUGGUAACUUAUGUGAACUUCCAAUAUUUUCGUACGUGUUACUGGUCUUUUGAUACUUUUAAUAUAUUUUGAUAUUUUUCUUUUUCUUUAUUUCACUUGUUAUAUACAUAGAAAGUUUUUUGUAUUCACAGUAGGUACGAUGAGCGUCUAGCACGACGCAUUCGUGUGUUGGAUCUGAUUUUUUUUAUGAUUAUAUUAACAGUUUUAUUUAUACCAUCGAAGGAAUGACACCGUGUUAGCGUAGUGAGCACAGAUUUAUAUUUAAAAAAAAAGUAUGAUAUAUGCGAGACUUUCUACAAAACCGUGUUCAUUUUACAACGACAUGACAGCACAUGUUAUACCUAUAAAACUGUGACAAAAGUAACAAAACAAAGAGAAUACGCUCGUUCAUACAUGUGCGCGUCUAUCGUGCUAACUUUUGAUUGUACAUUACCUUAGUACUAUUAAGAUACUAAUGCGUUUUCCGAUGAAAAGAUGCAUAAAAGUGCUCACAGAAGGGAUACAUCAUUAUGCAUUUUUUCAGCGAUGUCAUCGUUUCAAUAUUUUUUCUACGGAGUAGAGUUUUCAGAGUUUAGCAAUCUGGUUAAAGAUUCUUUCAUCUCCCCGUAGUGCAACAGAGAUUGAGAGUAUGUAUCACAUUGCGUUAAAAAUGUUAUGUAAAAUUUCAAAGUGACUUCGCUUUGUGUUCGACUGUUUACCAGCGACUAUGAUAACGCGCAUUCCAAUGCCUGUGUAACAUCUCCCAUGUCAAUAAAGAAAAGAAUAAAUUAUGAAUAAUAAAUAAAUAAAUCAAAAUCUUGAACCAACCAAAAAA